UAUAUUUUGACAGGGUUUAGCAAGAAAUAGAACAAGUAAACUAUUCAAAUCUCUGUUAUCAACAAAAUAACAAGGGGCAGAGGAAAUUUGUUCUUAUAUAGCAUCUGCUAAAUCUCUUAUACUUGCUGUAUUAUUUAGCUGUACGCAAACAAGAAAAGCCUCAGUUCAUUUACACAAGAAAGUACCAAAAAAAAGAUGGGUGAGGAGCAGCAGAGAAUUCAGAUUCCUAGAGUCAAACUGGGAACUCAAGGACUUGAGGUUUCAAAGUUGGGGUUUGGAUGUAUGGGGCUCACUGGAGUUUACAAUGAUCCUGUCCCGGAGGAAAUUGGCAUAUCGAUUAUCAAGCAUGCAUUCCAUAGAGGAAUCACUUUCUUUGAUACAUCUGAUUUCUAUGGACCCAAAACUAAUGAAAUUUUGAUUGGGAAGGCAUUGAAGCAGCUACCAAGAGAGAAGGUACAGUUAGCCACAAAGUUUGGAAUCCAAAAUAUGGAUUCGACUGGUUUCAUAGUAAAUGGUACUCCCCAAUAUGUCCGUACCUGUAUUGAAGCUAGCCUGAAGCGCCUUGAUGUAGACUAUAUUGAUCUUUACUACCAGCACAGGGUUGACACCAACAAUCCAAUAGAGGAUACUAUGUCUGAACUCAAGAAGCUGGUGGAAGAAGGGAAAAUAAAGUACAUAGGUUUAUCUGAAGCUAGCCCUGAAACUAUAAAGAGAGCACAUGCAGUACAUCCCAUAACUGCUUUACAGAUGGAGUGGUCACUGUGGACUCGUGAUAUCGAGGAUGAAAUAGUACCUCUUUGCAGGGAACUUGGAAUUGGCAUUGUUCCGUACUCCCCUCUCGGUGGCAGUUUCUUUGCCGGAAGAGGAGUGAUGGAAACUGUUCCUGCAAAUAGUAUGCUGACAUAUAUCUCAAGAUUUCAAGGAGAAAACUUGGACAAAAAUAAGAAGUUAUAUUUGAAAACCGAGAAGUUGGCCAAGAAGCAUGGAUGUACCUCUGCACAAGUAGCACUUGCCUGGGUCCUUCAUCAAGGGGAUGAUGUAGCACCGCUUCCCGGAACAACCAAGAUAAAAAAUCUGGAUAGUAACAUUGGUUCACUAAAAGUAAAGCUCACAGCAGAAGAUUUGAAAGAAAUUUCGGAUGCAGUUCCGAUAAAUGAGGUAGCAGGUAAUCCUAUGCCAGAUAUUUUAAGUCGAUUCAGUUGGAAGUUUAGCAAUACACCACCAAAGGGGAGCAAGGUUUCAACUUGAAAUAACCAUGGAUGCAAAGUCUGCAGCAAAAUCUGCGGUUGGGGGUAAAUGGACUCUGCAACAACUGAAACUAUUGAAAAACUAGAUGUUUGUAUCAAUAACUUAGUAAGCUUUGGUUAUAUAGGAGUGGUUCAGUUAGAUAAGAAGAGUGCAUUACCAAAAUAAAACAAAUAAGCAGGGUUGUAUGAUUUUGCUGUAUGUGGUUUGUAGCUAGUGAUCAUCUUUGGAAAUGAAACAAGUUGUUUAUCACCUGAA